CAGUACUUUAUGCUUAGCUUCAAUGAUGUGUUUAUGAAUAAAGUGGGGGAGGACAACAUAUUUUAUCAAGAAGAAGGAUGAAAAUAAGAAGGCGAUUUCUACCUCGUACAAUCCAGGAUGCUGUCGCAACAGCUUUUAUGGCUGCGAUAAUCCCUAUAACUUUCUGGUUCGAAGUGUACGUGGUGAUUCCAGAUAUCCAUGGAGCGGAUUCCAUAUACAAUUGGAUUCAUUUGAUGCCAGCUUUGUUUCUGUUGUUCAAUAUCAGUGCCAAUAUGCUAGCCACCGUGAUGUGCGAUACAAGUUGCCAAAAUGAAAUCGUCCAGGCACCAGCGAAUGUUGUGAUUUCCGCUGGCGGCAGUUCGAUAUCCUGGCGGUUAUGUUCAACAUGUGAAGCAGUGGCACCACCGCGAUCUUGGCACUGUAACACGUGCGGGGUGUGUGUACUGAAACGCGAUCACCACUGCGUCUUCACGGGAUGCUGCAUCGGUCACAAGAAUCAUCGUUAUUUCAUUGUUUUUCUACUGUACCUGUUCAUUGCGACAACAUACGCGAGUAUACUUAACAACUAUUUCAUGUGGUUCGUUCGGGGAGAAGAGUUUCGUAACUGGACCUCGCUGCUGAAAAUAGUUUUCCCGCUAGCGAUGCUGGUGAUUGAUACCUCAACGAAGCAGUAUUAUCUAGUCAUUUAUUUAAUCAAUAUGGUGGGGAUGUGCUUCACGGGUGUUUUGUUGGUUUACCACGGAAAGCUGAUUCUGAGCGGGAGAGUCGUACACGAGCGUAACUGCCGUGAUUACGAUCUUGGACCAAUGGAGAAUUUGAGAAUGGUGCUGGGCAAACGAUGGCAUUUAACCUGGCUGUCUCCCUUCAUUCUAAGUGAAUUGCCACACAACGGAAUAAACUGGGAUUCAAUUCAGCAGGAGGCGUCAAAAAGUAAAUAGUUUAAGACGAAUAUAUACACCCUGAUAUUUUUAUCUAAAUAAGUGUACUUCAUUGUAGAAAAAAGUGAUUUUGUUGAAUGACUUCAUUUUUUUAAAUUUAUUUAAAAAAAAUAAACAAAAUUUAAGAAG